AUGGCGUUCAACUUCAACAUCUUCCGCAUCCUGGGCGACCUGUCCCAUGCCAUCUCGCAUAUGAUCCUCAUCGCCGUCAUCCACUCAAACCAAAGUGCUGAAGGCGUCUCCCUCCUGACCCAGGUCCUCUAUGUCGUCGUCUUCUGUUCGCGAUACAUCGACCUCUUCUACGUAUCUCCCUUUGGCGACUGGCACAGAUGGUGGAAUUUUGUGCUCAAGAUCUACUUCAUCACCACCUCGGCAUACAUCGUCUUCAUAAUGACCCGCGUCUUCGCACGCACGAGAGAAAGGGAGAAGGCCAUGAAGCUGGGCGGAUAUGCUACUCUUGGAAGCCUGGUUCUGACCCCAGUCAUGACUGGAAUAUUCCACAAGUGGCACCCCUUCACCUUUGGCGAGAAUCUCUGGACCUUUUCCAUUAUCCUCGAGUCCGUCGCCGUCAUGCCACAACUACUUCUACUUCGGCAGACCAACGUCCCCACCGUUAUAGACUCGUUUUAUCUUGUCACCCUGGGUUCUUACCGUGGCUUCUACAUCCUGAACUGGCUCGUCCGCGGCUUCGGGCCCGAGCACAAUUUCGACCCUAUCCGCACCAUUUUUGGCAUCGUUCAGACGGCUCUAUACAUAGAUUUUGCAUGGGUGUACUGGACGAGGCAGCGCGUCAAGCUUCGGCAUGGCGGAGUUGUCGACAGCGACGACCUGAGCAGGAGCUGGUUCGUCGGACGAGUGCUCGGUCGGAAGAGCACGGAUGUGGAUCGCGACGACUUCGACUACGAUGCAGAGGCUGGAGAUGUUCCCUCACCACAGGAAUCCAGGCCGAGGAACAACAAGUGGGGUGCUCGAGGAAUCUCCGUUUCAGCAGAUGAGGGGGUGCUUGACCAUGAAAGAGGGGAGGCGUCUAAGCCUCUUACGGCACCAGAAGCAUUUGAGGACGACAGCGACGAUGAAGGUGACUUGGGGGGCAGGUCCAGCCACAAAAACGCGGACGAACAUGCCAGCGGUGUCAGCAACGGUGCAGAAUGGCGAGAGGAACGGGAUUAA